AACACGCAAAAAGUUCUUCCCAUCUGGACGUCAAAAUAAAGUCCUUGGGAUGUACAUAAUCAGCAUGUAGAAACUUUCAGAGCAGCUUCAAGAAACUUUUCAGAGAUCUAAAUCUUUGAUGUACCGGGGUUCGUGCAGCCAUGCUAGUAGUCCUGAUACAGAUUCUCCUGAUUCCCCAUGGUGCACAGUAUUUGAAGCCGGCCGACGGAGCCUCCAAUCAUUUGGGACCUUUGGGCCUCCCAUGGCAAGAUGAACUGUGCUGUGACUCACCUUCUGCUUACCUUGGUGAGGAUAGAGGUGUCACAAAUAGAUCAAAGACGAAUGGAACAAUAUCCAGCCUUCGGCACCUACCCAGGUGCAAAUACAGGAGGUUGACACCGGAAUCCCUGCCUCAAAAGCCCUCUGAAGGCAACUGUCUGGAAAUUCUCUGCCAAAUCAAUGAAAAGUGGGAAAAUCUGACUUGUUACCUUCAGCCUUCUAGAAAACUGGACACUGGUGGAAUGACAUUCAGCUUCCAGCAGCUGCCUGAUAAAGAUGGCACGGAGGUGAAUAGUAAUCCAGUUGUUUGUGAAGCGGAGGAGUCCUUUACAUGCUCACUCCCCCUCCACCCUGCAGCGAGCUUUGUCACCACGGUUACCGUCAAUCUCUCCAGUGUUGUGGCUCCACCAGUUUUGCUCAUCAUUCCUGCCAGACCUGUGAAACCAAGUCCUCCAGUCAAUGUCACCCACUAUCAGACCAUAGAAGCAGAGCUGUUUGUCCAGUGGGAAAGUCCACCACACUUCGAUGCAGCUCAGCUGAGAUACGAGGUUCGAUAUAAUACCAAAAGUGACCUGGCCUGGCAGGUGGUGUCCGUCACGGGAGAGCCUCGGCUGUCGUUGGAUCUGCAGCCCGAACAGGAGUACACCUUCCAGGUUCGCUGCUCCAGAUUGGACGAACCUCCUCUUUGGAGUGAAUGGAGUGCACCUUACAAAUUUUACCAGUACAUCGUGACGUACAUCCCUGAAAAGAUGGUGGCGCGGGCGGGGGAGAGCGUGACAGUGUAUUGUCUGUUCAACAAUCGCAGCAUGAACGCCAGUGAGGCCGUCUGGAAGCUCAACUUCCAUCAGCUGCUUCACAGCAGUCAGUCAGUCAGCGGAAGAGUCAGCAAGAUCACAAUGCGUGCUUCAGAGAGUCGGAUGUAUGACUUGUUGACGUGCACACAAAAGGCAGCUCUCCCAUACAGCCAGAUCUCCAUAGAAGGGGCUUCCCUUGAUAUAAGAUGUGAAACCAACGGGAAUAUGGAUACUAUGGAGUGUAGCUGGAACAGCACACAAUGGUUAUCCUUUAAUCUUCAACACAAGUGGACUCACAUGUCCUGUGAAAGGAUGAAGGAGAAGGAGGAAGCUGGUGAUAACGUGGGAAAAAUCGUAGAUGCUUGUUACUCCAUCAAGCCACGAACCUGCACCUUUAAGCCGCUGCGUUUUGGCUGCUACAAACUGUGGCUGGAAUUGCGAACUGAUUCCGGUUCCGUUCGCUCCAAACCCAUCUACCUUUCGUCUAAAGGUCAAGUAAAACCAUACACACCCACUAAUGUGAAGGCAGUGACCCUGAGGAGUGGGGUCCUCAGCGUCACAUGGGAGCCUCCGUCUCUGCCGAUUGAUGGUCUCCAGUAUGAGCUGCAGUACCACCCACUUUCCACUGUGAAAGAGGAGUGGAAGGUCCAGAGGAGCAAGCAGCCUCCCCCUAUGACAGUCCAGGUACCGGAGAUGUGCCGUUCGUACGUGGUUCAAGUGCGCUGCAUGCACAUCGCAGGAAAAGGCUAUUGGAGUGAAUGGAGUGACUUGAUCUACUCCACGCCAAACAACAGUAAAGCUCCAGAACGGGGUCCUGAUUUCUGGAGAAUUCGUCAAGAUAAUCAACACAUAAACAAGUCCAACAUCACUUUGCUUUUUGAGCACUUCCCAGGUACAUGGAACUCUUACUGCGUGGAUGGCUUCAUUGUCCAGCACGAGGCGUCGAAUAGAUCUGUGGUGAGAAAACAGAUCAACCUGGGCUCCUCCUACAGCUUUGAGUGGAACCAGGAGCCUCAGACUGUUACUGUGGAAGCCUACAACAGUCUAGGGAACUCCACCAACAAUAAAAACAUGACGCUGGGGAAAACGUCAAGACGUAAAGCUGUGCAUUCUGUCCAUGCAUUGGUGUUGAACAGCACCCAUGUGUCUCUGUCCUGGAGCCUGUUGAAUGACGGCAUUGUGCCUCUGUUCAUGGUGGUCCAGUGGUCGGAGUCCUCUGGCUUGAGUGGACUUAAGUGGGCCAGACUGCCUUACAGUAACCACGUUGUCUAUAUAAAAGGUAGUUUUUCUCGCUCUGAAGACUACAGCUUCCACUUGUACCCUGUGUUUGCUGACAUGGAAGGGGAGCCGAUGUAUAUAAUAGCUGCUAAAAGAAACCCUGCAGCCUACAUGAUCAUAAUGUCCAUCUCCUUUCUUUGCAUCCUGCUUCUCACCCUGGUUCUCACACAAAAUCAAAUAAAAAGAAAUCUGGUUCCCAACCCAAAGAAAUGCUCCUGGGCGAAAGGAAUAGACUUCCAAAAGGUGGACACCUUUGACCUGUUUCAACCUGCAGAAGGUCUGCAGAUAUGUCCCCUGCUGCCCUCUGACAACAUCAUCUCCAAAGUCAUCAUUAUGGAGAAAGUGGAGAAGAGGGCAUUUAUGGAAACCCAGCUAAUGUCUCUGAAUGAUGACUCCGUCACUUCUUCAUCUGCCUGCCUUGCUCCUCCAUUUGAAAGGUCUUGUUUGGAUGCUUCAGCUCCUUCAAGUCAAAGUUUAGAUGAGGCAAAUCAGGCGGAUCCCAUAGUACCAGUUGAUAGUUCCACUUCGUCUUCAGUGAGAUAUGCCAAAUUGCUGCUCCCUUGUCUGAAGCAGGAAAAGCAGCCUGGUAACCCAGACAAAGACGGCAGCGGCAGCAACUCCAGUGAUGAAGGCAACUUUUCUGCAAACAAUUCAGAAAUUUCAGAAUCUUCUCCCACUGGCCUUUGGGAGCUGGACAGCUGUCACAGUGCAGAGAUGGAUGACCAGAGGCGCUUCUGCUCCUACGCCUCAGAGGGGGAACUUUCAGAGAUCUCCGAGCACGAGGCCGUCAUGGAGCAGAGGCGAGAACAGACCCUUUGUUAUCUACAAAUAGGUUAUCCUGACGAAGAUGAGGAGAGCGCAGAAGAAGUGCAAAGAGAGGAGGAGGAGAAACGAAAAGAGCAACCCGCCAAAGAUGCAAGUCUGAACGGAAAAGACUUUUUUGUGCCAUUGAUUUGUGACUUGUCCUCACAGUACAUGCCUCAGUACAGAACUGCUGCUUACAGGAGCCAGCUGGUAUAAUCAAACAGAGAAGCUCCAGUUCUGAAAAAAAGUGAAAUAAAAUGCAGGCUUUGGCCUUCACCAGAAAAAAGCCUUUCACUAAGAUACUGUGCGGUGCAGAGCUUUACAAUGUGAAAAAAAUAACAAAAACUGAGGAAUAUUACACAUUCAUCGGUGCUGCUAUUGUGUUCUGUGGCUUCAUGUGUGCAAGUUCAGUAAUGUUGUCGCAACAUACGCUGAGAAAAAAACGAGUUUAUAAAGAUUAGCAGGUAGAGUGCGUAAAAUAGGGGAGGAGGCUCACAAACAACAAUCCCCGAAUUAAAAUAAGAUUGUAAAACCCUAAAUAUAGAAAGCAAAAGUUAACAUCAUCCUUCAUGGAUCCUUCUGGGAUUGUUUUAAUGGAAAUUCAUCCUCCUAUAUAUUAAUGUGCAAAAUUAAAGAGCUUCAAAGAAAAUUAAGAAAGACUACUUUUUUGUGCCCUUCCACAAAUGGAAAACAUUAAUAUAAUUUUUAAAAAUUGGGUGAUUUUAAAAGCAAGCGUGCGAAUAAAGAUUUUUUAAUCCCAGAGAGCGAAUGCAUUUGAAGGUCACACCAACUAAAGCUGAAAUGUUUAUUUCAUGUUUUUAAAAUGUCUAGUAUUUUUUGAAAGUGUGAAAUUUCUCGUAAUUGCUUGUAACAGAUAAAGAAAAAAAAGCACAAGUCUUGAGUGAUAAUAAGCAUUUUUUUCUGAAGAUUAAAAAAGGUGAAGCAAUGAAAAAAUAAUUAAUAAAUAUUGUUCUUUAUGUAUGUGUCUAUGUUUUGGGGUAUUUAUUGGUACUGUUUUUGUGGAGUAAACAUUUUUUGCAUCAGUGAAGUGCUUUAAUUCAUAAAAAAUCUAAUUAUUUGUGAAACAUCCGAACUGGAACUUGGAUUUAUGGUACAUGUUUCAAAAAUAAAAAUUCCUCUUCCAAGCAGAGCCACCAUUA